AUGUCGGCGAAGGAGAUCGCCGGCGAGAGCAAAUCCGUCGACGACGGUUCCGAUCGAGAUCCAUGUCCUAUUUGCCUUGGACCCAUACUCCAAGAAUCCUAUCUUGAUACAUGUUUCCAUAAAUUUUGUUUUAACUGCAUCAAACAAUGGAUCAAAGUUGUUUCAAGCAAGGUCUCUAAGGAAUUAUCCUCUGUCAAGUGUCCACUCUGUAAGACUGAUAACAUCUCAAUCAUCCACAACUACGACGGCCACUCUUUUGACCGGCAUUAUAUCAACCGUAAUAUUACAGAUGGUUUUGUCCUGACAAAAGAACAGAGAUACAGGUUGCUAUGUUACUACGCAGAGUCAGGUCUCUUGGCUGAUGUAUUUGAUGUUCCAAGGUUUUGGAAGAUGCAAAAGUGUCUUCAGCCAAACAGGUUGCUUGAAACCUGGUUGAGGAGGGAGCUUCAAGCUCUGAUGCAGGAGGAAGAUGUUGAUAUUGUUCUGCAUCAUUUGGUUGGAGUAAUGGAUUCUUUUCGAAAAAGAAUCGAAUGGAGACCCAAAAAAGAAGCAAGAACCGCGGAGACGGAUCAAGAACAGUUCAAAGCGGUUGUCGCAGAGGCAGCUCGUCCGUUCAUAAUGGCGAGAACAGACCGGUUUGUGGAUGAGAUAGAACUCUUCCUCGCAUCAGGACUAAACAUAGAGGCUUAUGAUGCAAUCUAUAAGCAGCGGUUAGGUUCAAGAGAGAUGGGUGCAGCUAAUGUAGCAAGAGGAGAAGACAACGAAAGAACAAUAGUGACUCCUUACUUGUUCCUUUUCGAGGAAGAUUCAGACUGA